GUGUUCCAACGAAUUGUGAUUCAUGCUCUCAGGUAUUAACAUAUAGUAUGACUUGUGAAUCAUGAAGUGAAACUGAGCAACGGCAGUAAAUCGUGUCAGAUGGUUUCCUGACCACAUCGUACUAGACGCGCUCGCUUUGUUGAGCGCAGUUGUGUGACGCCGCGUCACUUGCAGAGUAUUGUUAUACAUGAGCAUCAACUGACCGAUGAUGGGGGUUUUAUUUCUGGAAUACCUACUAUCAAAACAAGGAAUUCUGAAGGUCGCUCAGCUCGUGAUUGUACUGGUAGCGUUCAUUUGUGUUCGUUCCACGUGGUACAACAGCUUCUACGCUUACGGUUUCUUUGAAGCGGUGACGCUCGGUUACUCCAUCACGGUCGCUGUUUUUCUAAUACUGACUGUAUUUGGGGUUCCGAAAAGGGCAUCGUUUGUGAACUGGAAGAUAGCCGAGUUUGUGCUGGAUACACUGGGAUUCAUCUUCAUCUCCACUGGUUCCAUUGUCGCUGCUGUGAAGACUUAUGAAACCCCCAUUCUGGUUGCCGCCUCAGUUUGUGGUCUUCUGGCUUCAUAUCUCUCAGUUGUUAGUGUGAUACUUUCAUUUGUUGCGGCUCGCCACUUACAACCUGCGGAUACACCAGUAUAAAACUUUGUCUUGAUGUUUAUAGUGCUUCUUCUGAAAACUGCCCUCAUCCCAUGACAGCUUGGAUGGGGAGUUAAUAAUGGGUAUGGAUGUUUUAGUAAACUUACAUGGAAUAUAAAAAACUUUAUCACAAUAUUAUUUAUUGCACACAUGGUUUAUUGCAGUGAGAUAGUUUUAAUACUAUAAUUAUUGUUAUGUUUAAUAUUACAAAAAUGUAUUAGAAAUACCCUUUACAGGUGCAUAAAAUUUAAGAGAUGGCUUUUAUUUUGUACAAUUUAAUGUUAUAAUAGUCUCAUCAAUGUUUUGUUAAUUAUUUGUUUACUAAAUUAUCUUUAAACCAAAUUAACAAAACUUCUAUCUAUUGCUUUAUGGAAGAAAAU